AUGCGGCGCCCCGACCUUAGCCCUUCCCUUCUUUCGCCCGCAAAUUACGACAAUGAUGCGUCUUCAUUGCGCUCGCCCUCAGAGCAGGACUCUGAUUCCGAUGAUGACGCCCUUCUCGAUCAGGUCCGCAGUACCCUAGAAAUCGCAGAACACGAUCGCGCUGUCCUAGAAGACGAGGAAGAGCUAGAGAGACUUCUGAUCCGCCGGGGUGCUGGACACGGCCUGCGAAGAAUGUUCAGUCCCAGUGGCAGCAGUGUGAGGAUUGGGAAAGUGAAGAAGGAGCGGCGACUGCGGAGGGGGUCACGUCGCGAAAGAGUCAGCGAGGAUGGUGAGCUGAUGUAUGAAAUGGAAGAGGGGAUCGGGGAUGAUAAUGAUUCUCUUUUGAGUGGGUCAUCGUUGGAUCUAGACAGCAAAGAUGGGUACACAUAUGAGCCGCCUCCACGACCUUCAUGGCGGAAGUUCCUCUUCCUAUUCGCUCUCGUCACCAUUCUCUUCCUCAUCCUCGUCCUCGGCGCGUACAAAGCUUCGAGCGGUUUCCGGGCUUCACAAGCACACUCUCCACCCCUUCUCUCCAACGGCACAGCUCUCUUUGCGCCAACCACUAUCUUAAUCUCGCUCGACGGCUUCCGGGCUGACUUCCUCGAUCGUGGUCUAACCCCCGCGUUGAACUCCCUGGUCGCCAAUGGGGUUUCCCCGCAAUACAUGACCCCCAGCUUCCCCAGCGUUACCUUCCCGAACCACUUCACACUUAUGACCGGACUAUACCCUGAGAGCCAUGGUAUUGUAGGUAAUACAUUUUGGGACUUGAAGAUGAAUGAGGAGUUUUACUACACACACCCUGAAGUCAGCAUGCAACCCAAGUGGUGGAUGGCGGAACCGCUGUGGGUGACAGCAGAGAAGCAGCUCGUGAAGACCGCCAUUCAUAUGUGGCCAGGGUCUGAAGCGCACAUUGGCGACAAGGAGCCGACUUUUGUAGACAAAUACAAUGGUAUGGAAGUCCUGUCACGCAAGGUGGAUCGCAUCCUCGAAUUUUUGGAUCUUCCAGGCCUCGAGGAGUCGCAAAUGGCACCGGAGCGGCCGCAGCUGAUCGCGGCUUAUGUGCCCGAUGUCGACCGCGACGGCCACAAAUUUGGUCCUAAUAGCACUGAAAUUCGGAAGACGAUUUCCAAGGCGGAUAGCAUGGUCGCCCAAAUCAUGGAUGGACUCGAGCAGCGCAAUCUCACAGAGGUGGUCAACGUCAUCGUUGUCUCAGAUCAUGGUAUGGCUACCACCUCUACGCAGAGACUGAUUCAAUUGGACGAUUUGAUCGAUUAUGACCUAAUUGAGCACAUCGACGGGUGGCCAUCAAGCGGUCUGCGUCCUAAGCGUCCCGAAGAUCUGACCACCCUCCAGCAACAACUAGAGAAGGUUGCUCAAGAGUACGAACAUGCGUUCGAGUUCCAUACCCGGGAGACAAUGCCUGAGCGGUACCACUUCUCGAACAAUGAUCGAAUUGCACCUUUGUGGGUCAUUCCCAAGGCGGGAUGGGCUAUCGUUGAUCGCUCGGAGUUCGACGUCAAGGAGGCUUUGAACACGGGUCAGAAGUAUUAUCCUCGGGGCAUUCAUGGAUACGACCAUGAGCACCCUUUGAUGCGUGCAAUCUUCAUCGCGCGCGGGCCAGCCUUUCCGCAUAAGCCAAACAGCCGGAUAGAAGUAUUCCAAAACAUCGAGGUAUACAAUAUUCUCUGCGACUCACUGGGUGUCGACCCUCUUCCGAGCAACGGCACACUACGACUCCCGUUCAAGACAGUCGGCCUCCACUCGGACGAGAGCGCACCCGUCCUAGACACACCACCUGAUCCCCCAGCCCCAACCUCAACAACAGCAGGGCCCGUGCCGUCAUCACCCUGGCCUACAACGUCAGGCACCCCGCCGCCCGCAACGAACCAUGACAGUGACGACGAAAAGGGUUCGACAUGGUGGGGAACGAUUGUACACAAGUUCGAGGACGUGAAGAACUGGGCUGGCGGCGUUGCUGAUGCUAUUCAGGGCAAGCACCCUGAGCCUGGGAGCAACUAG